AGGGCGCGGGAAAUUUAAAUCCCGCCUGGAGCGGCCGGGGGUAGUGGCAGCGUGCUCGGAGGAGCGGUGCGGCGGCUGGCGUGCGGAGCCCGCGGUGGAGGCUUGGUUUUCUCCGUUUCCUCUCAAAAAUCUAACAAGCAAGAUGUCUGUAAAUGAGAAUGCCAAUACAGCAGCAGCUCGAUUGAACAGAUUCAAGAACAAAGGAAAAGAUACUACAGAAAUGAGAAGGCGGCGUAUUGAAGUCAAUGUAGAACUGAGGAAAGCUAAGAAAGAUGAUCAGAUGCUUAAAAGAAGAAAUGUUAGCACUUUACCAGAUGAUGCUACUUCUCCCCUUCAGGAAAACAGGAGCAAUCAGGUUUUGGCACACUGGUCAGUUGAAGAAAUAGUCAAAGGAGUUAAUAGUAAUAAUAUGGAGCUUCAGCUACAGGCUACUCAAGCUGCCAGGAAACUCCUCUCAAGAGAGAAGCAGCCCCCAAUAGACCACAUAAUUCGGGCUGGUUUGAUUCCAAAGUUUGUCUCCUUCUUGGGCAGAGCAGACUGUAGUCCUAUUCAGUUUGAAUCUGCCUGGGCACUUACCAACAUUGCUUCUGGCACGUCAGAACAAACGAAGGCAGUAGUAGAUGGAGGGGCUAUUCCAGCCUUUAUUUCGCUGCUGGCCUCCCCCCAUGCUCACAUCAGUGAACAGGCUGUGUGGGCACUAGGAAAUAUUGCAGGGGAUGGCUCUACCUAUAGAGAUCUGGUUAUUAAAUUUGGUGCAAUUGAGCCGCUGCUGAGUCUACUAGCUGUUCCUGAUCUCUCUUCUCUGGCUUCUGGGUAUUUACGCAAUGUUACCUGGACCCUCUCAAACCUCUGUCGCAAUAAGAAUCCUGCACCACCCAUAGAAGCUAUUGAGCAGAUUCUUCCAAGUCUUGUUCGGCUCUUGCACCAUGAUGAUCCUGAGGUGUUAGCAGACACAUGCUGGGCACUUUCCUACCUAACAGAUGGUUCCAAUGACAGGAUAGAAGUUGUAGUGAAGACUGGAUUGGUGCCACAACUUGUGAAACUCCUGGGAUGUAGUGAACUGCCAAUAAUGACUCCUUCAUUAAGAGCCAUAGGGAAUAUUGUCACUGGUACUGAUGAGCAGACACAGAUUGUUAUCGACUCAGGAGCACUAUCUGUCUUUCCAAGUCUCCUUUCUCAUCACAAAAACAACAUUCAGAAAGAAGCAGCGUGGACCAUGUCCAACAUCACUGCUGGGCGUCAGGAUCAGAUUCAGCAAGUUGUAGACCAUGGUCUUGUGCCUUAUCUCAUUGGUAUUCUGAGGAAGGGGGAUUUCAAAUCUCAAAAGGAAGCUGUGUGGGCUGUGACUAACUACACAAGUGGUGGAACAAUUGACCAAAUCGUAUAUCUGGUUCAGGCUGGUGUUGUUGAACCCCUGCUGAAUCUCCUCUCAGCUAAAGACAGCAAAACUGUGCUAGUUAUCCUGGAUGCUAUUUCGAAUAUCUUCCUGGCUGCUGAGAAGAUUCAUGAGACUGAAAAACUUUGCCUCAUGAUUGAGGAGUGUGGAGGUCUAGACAAAAUUGAAGCUCUCCAGUCACAUGAAAAUGAACAAGUGUACAAAGCCUCAUCCACCCUGAUUGAGAAAUAUUUCUCAGCAGAAGAGGAGGAAGACCAAAAUGUUGUACCAGAAUCUACUGCUGCUAGUUACACUUUCCAAAUACAGGGCAAUACUCCAGAUACUUUCAACUUCUAGACCUUGCAUAUACUGUCACCACCUGCAAGUUGUUUGGCUAACAAAUGACUGCCACCUCUGUCUUAAUAGUUCUGUUUUUACUGGUUUUUUGUGACCUGUAGCACUUUGCUCAACUGAAACAUACUUGAACAGUUCAAAACUGUACAUAUGAUUUCUGAACUGUAAUAUUUCCUGGGUAUAUUUGUAAAUACUUGUUCUCUUUCUGGUUCUUACUGUCCCUGUCAAGGAUAAGAAUGCAAGUGGGAAAUACAAGCUUCUUGCAAAGAAUGAGCCACUACUCUGCAAACCUCUUCAAUGACCUAUCAUAUUCUAUACAACCUAUUGCUGUAAUCGAUACUCUGAGUAGGCUUUUAAAGAGGGUUUUUAUUUGAAGUUGAAUAAAGUGAUAUUAAUACAACAAA